AUGAAGCAAGCGAUUUUGAAAGAGUUACGGCCCAGCGCACGAGCUCGAUUUGAGCAGCUCAAUGGUCUCAAGCUUGGAGAUGGCAAGCCGUCGGCAUUGCUCCGCGAACUUCAGCGCAUCGCUGGUCCCUUAUUCUUGAGCGAAGAAGGGAUAAAGGCGCUGUGGUUUGCACGCCUCCCAGAGCCAUUGCCCGUAAUGCUGUCCAUGUUUAUACAUGCACCCCUGAAAGACUUAGCUACCAAGGCAGACGCUGCGUUUGAACGGUUUCCGCAGCAGACGACCAGUAACUCCGGUGACGUAUUCUCACCGAUGAAAACCGAAUCUCAUGUUUGUUCCCAGUCGCCAGACCGAUCUGACUAUAAAGACGAGGAAAUUGCGCUACUUCGUAGCAGGAUAGCAGCAAUGAAGGCUUCAAAGCAGCGUGCGCCACGGUCAAAUGCUGACCACGUUUUGGCUACCGUUCAUUGCGGCUCGUCUGUGCCUGCACCGAGUACGUCACGUUUGGCACGAAAGCGCAACCUUUUCCUUACAAGUUCUCAGUCAGAUAAUGUCAAACCCGUCGAAGAAGUAUGUUGGUAUCACCGCCAAUACGGUGGAAGAGCUAGACGUUGUCGAGCUCCCUGCAUUAGGCACGACCCAGGGAAAACGAAUAGCCCGCAUACUAGCACUACAAACGUAUCAUUCAAUAAACAAGCAAACCAACUGUUUUACGUUAAGCAUCGACGCUCUUCCAUCACCUACCUCAUCGACACGGGAGCGGAAGUCAGCGUCAUCCCAGCGACCGCUAGUGACAAGCACUCGGAGCCUAGUACAAUUUGCGUGCGGCCAACGGUUCUCCGAUAG